AUGGAUAGUACAGAAGAAAUGGCUAAAAUCUUAUUUCAGCAUCAACAUGGAUUUGUUGUUACGAAGAUUAUGUCGACUGCCUGUGAGUUAGGAGUAUUUGAUCUGCUUUUGGAGUCAGAAGGCUUCCUCUCCUCAGCUGAGAUCGCUGAACGUCUGGGCACCAGCCAAAUGGGAAUGCAAAUGCUGCUGGAGGCAUGUGUGGGCCUAAAAUUACUAAAGAUGGAGAGGAAGGACAAUGAAGGUUUUUAUGGAAACACGGACCUUGCCAAUCUCUUCCUGGCUAAAUCAAGCCCAAAGUCCCAGUAUGAAUACACAAGGUUUUUCUCUGAGUUUAUUUAUUCGAGUCCACAGUACCUGACAAAAGCUAUAAGGGAAGGAAAACACCAGUUUCCAUUGAUAUUUGGCAUUCCAGAAAAAGACUUUUAUACGAACUUUUACAGUUCAGAGGAAAAGUUGCAAGGAUUACAAAAUGCCAUGGGGGAUACCUGGAGUCUGUAUGGUCAGGAGGUGAUAUCUGCUUUUGACCUCUCUGGUUUCCACAUUGUUUGUGAUUUGGGAGGAGGUACUGAUUCCUUUGCCAAACAAUACAUUUCAUUAUACCCAAAUUCAACUGUGACUAUUUUUGACUUACCUGAAGUGGUGGAAAAAGCAAAGAAGCGUUCUGUGUCCUCAGAGGAACACCAGAUAAAUUUCCAGAGUGGGGAUCUUUUUAAUGAUCCGAUUCCUGAAGCUGAUCUGUAUAUAUUGGCUCGAAUUCUCCAUUGUUGGGAUGAUGAGAAGUGUUUGGCUCUGCUGACUAAACUACACAAGGCCUGUAAGCCUGGUUGUGGUGUAUUAAUAGCGGCGAUGGUUCUCAAUGAAGACAGAAGUGGGCCUUUAGAAGCCCACAUCUUCUCCAUAAUAAUGAUGGUUGUCUUAGGAGGAAAAGAACGGACCGCAUCCGAGUACAAUGCACUCCUUGUUGCAGCUGGAUUCAAGGAUGUUCAGUUCAAGAAAGGACAACUUUUUGAUGCUGUUUAUGGAAGAAAAUAAAACAUCUUU